AUGCGACACGUCCUCCGAUCGAUCGUAGCAUCAUUGCUACUGCAUGGAACAUUUGCAAUUGCUGCGCCAGACGAGUCUACCAAGCAAGCAUGCAGGGAUAUUGCAACGGCCGUGCCAGGUCGCGUAUCGUACCCCAAUAGCAUCGCAUAUCUCUCCGAGAUCACCAAGUACUGGUCAACUGCGCUUCGGGACCUGAAGCCUGCGUGCGUUAUACUUCCUAAAUCAGUGGAGGAGGUCUCUGCCGCUAUUAAAGUUCUCAGCAAGUAUCCAGGAGUAAAUUUUGCGGCCAAGAGCGGUGGUCACGAUCCGAAUCCUGGUCAUGGAAGUGUUCAAGACGGCGUUUUGAUUGCUCUAAGGGAGGUGAGCGGAACAACCUACGACAACGAGUCCAACUUGGCAUACAUCAAACCGGGAGGCGAGUGGAACGAUGUCAUUGGAGCACUGGACCCUCAAGGUGUUGCCGUCGUUGGAGGAAGAUUAGGCCUUGUUGGCGUUGGCGGAUACCUACUUCAAGGUGGCAUUUCAUUCCUAAGUGCCCAGUACGGCCUUGCUGCUGAUAGCGUUGUUGGUUGGGAGACAGUAUUGCCCAAUGGCACGAUUGCGAAUAUAGACGCAAGUCGACAAAAGGAUUUAGCUGUUGCCAUGAGAGGAAGCGGAAGCCAAUUCGGAAUCGUUACGCGAUUCACCAUAGAAGCCCACCCUAUAGGCAAAGUCUGGGGAGGGAUGCGGAUUUAUGAUGCUGCCAAUGCAGACAAGAUCUAUGCAGCUCUUCACAACUUCAUACCCAAUGGUGCUGACGACCCUAAAGCUGCCAUCAUUCUUACCAAUGUUGAUGCUGUAGGUGGCAUAAGAACAAUACUCAUCUUCUACUUCUACGACGGCACAACGCCACCUAUCAACAGUCCUCUUGCGGAGCUUCUUGCAAUUCCUUCGAUAUUGAGCACCACGAAGGCUCGCAGCUAUGCCGAUCUACUUAAGACUAAUGGUGAAGGGGCAGCACUGCUGAAUUCAAGAAUCUCCUUCCGAACAUCGACAAUCCCGUACAUCAAAAGUCGUCCCAGGAUGUACACGGAGAUUGCAAAGAAGUGGAAAGAAAUUACAGCAUCCUACCUCACCAACCCAAUUCACCUGACAUCCAAAUGCUCUGUCGACUUUCAACCUUUCCCGGCAAUCAUUGGAAAAGAGAGUCAAAGGCGCGGCGGAAACGCCAUGGGAAUCUCUGAGGCUGACGGUGAUCGUCUGCUUCUUGAAUUCCAAUGUUCGUGGGCGCUCGCAGCUGACGAUCCGAUCCUGUAUGCAAUGUCGAGGGAUAUCACAGCUUGGCUAGACGUAAAGGUUACAGAAUGGCUCGCAGAAGACAACAUGCAGAAUCGGUAUCUGCCUUUAUUCAUGAAUGAUGCAAUGGGCGAUCAAAAUGUAACAGGGACAUACAAGGAGUAUGCAAAGUUCAAGAAUUUGCAAGAAGAUAUAGAUCCGCAAGGCCUCUUUCAUGCGAGAGCGGGCGGUUACAAGUAUUGA